AGAAAAGAGAAUGCCCGAAACUUUUGUGUUUCAAGACCCAACAAAAAUAUCUGAAAUGUAUUCUCAGCCUGUCAACAAAUAUUUCAAUGAAGCCUCGAUAUCAUCAUUAGAACCAGAACCAUUGCUAGUGCUAAUGGAAGAUGUUAAUAGUUGCACUGUUUAUCUUCGAAGUUGGGAUUCUCAUUAUAAUCAUUGUAUAAGAGAAAUCAGAAACCAGGAGUACAAAAUGUUAAAACUUAUUUAUUCAUUAUCUAAAGUUUUUUUCAAAAUGUUAAAGAUUUGUAAUCAAGAACAAGAUAAUGAAAAAGUGAUAGAGAAAAAUACAGGUUAUUGGAAGGAGAGGAAUAUUAAAUCACAAAUAAACAAACUCUGGAAUAUUAGUUCAUGUUCAAUGCUAAAAAAAUGGAAGGGAUAUUGGAGACUAUGCUAUUUUCUUUGGGUGACAAAUAUUACACCCAAAGAAAUAGUCGACGUAAAGUUGGAUUCAAAUUUUUUUCUUUAUGCUACAGAAGAUGAAUACAACUUUCUCAUCAAAAAAUUAUUAGGGAAAGAAUUCUCUAAUUUUUCAAAUAUUAAAGGUGAAAAAAUAUUGGACUUAGCAAAUAUUGCUAAAAAAGUUUGCAAAUAA